CUCAGAUUGUUCAUCCUUUUCGCUAUGGCGCCGGCGUCGGCCCGGCUGCUGUGACGUAGCUCACUACCUAUACUGGUAUACCGGUACCUAAUAGUAAGAGUAUCUGUACAAUCAAUGUCAAUCAUGAAUGAUUUCGAACAUCUACAGCUACAUGGGCUAGUACCUAUUUGAGCACUGCACAUCCGAUCUCUGAUUGCCUGCAACUUGGUUUGGCAUCCAAUGUCUGUCCGGCCAUCUGCCCUGGAGCAGUGUGGAAUAGGAUGCCAACUGGGUAUGAUGACGGUAUAUCGUAUCAGAACAAGUCACCUCGAACAACUUGAGUACUGUAUCUGAUUCUCAGGCUCAACCAAUCACAGUACCUUUCAGAGACUGCGCCGUUUGUGCAACAUAGGGCCUGAGAAAGGUGGAGAGACGGCAAACUCUCAGAGUCUUUGUCAUCCCUAGCUUUCCUCUCAGAGAGUCCUGGCCGACCUGGGUGGUAUCGAUUUCAACCCGCAGCAGUGUCCAUAGCAUUGCGAAGCCAGUAUCAGGAUUGCAUCCAGGUGGCCGCCAACCAUGGGGAAGGAGCAGACAAUUGUGAUCACCGAGGUUCUGUCGCCCAAGGGCGGCCCUCGUCAGUCUCCUGCGCACCGCACUAAGCUGGGCGAGAUCUACGCAUUCAACAACGACAUCCGGCAUAAGGGGGAGCUUGUGGGCUUCAUCAAUGGCCAGUGCAUUGUAUCGGCUGAGGUGUCCCCAGGCAUUGAUGAACCGUACUUGACGUGCACAGAGAGCGUUGUUUUCAACAAGGGGGAGUUUGCGAAUAGCUCCCUGACCCUCUCGGGCUACUUCAACAUGAAGGAGUGCCCAUCACUUGCAAUCAUUGGGGGGACUGGCCAAUUCAAGUAUGCGUCUGGUGAAGCCACAAUCGGAGCAGAUCCCGCAGGCGAGCCCAUGUGCGUUCAAGUCACCCUGUCAUUCCAUUGUGCGGGGCCCUAAACUAAGGGUCCAAGUUGAGUCGUUGCAGGUAUGUCAAAACAAUUUUGUGGUCGUCAGUACCAUGGCACGAUUAUGCAAUUUUCAAACCACAUGGCACCAGCAGCCGUUGUUUAAUUGGUAAAAAAGAAAACCAUUCCUUUUUGAUGUCCCAUACAAGCUCUGUCUGGACGCACACAAGAGUCGGUUUGCCCAAUGUUCAGACGAUGAGUCCACAUUGAUAGUGGCACCGCUGUCUCAUGGGUGGUCAAUUCGAAUCACCAUGAAUGCUGC